AUGGGGCAAAUGAGGGAUCGAACACUACUUGCCAAAAUCUAUUAUCACGUGGGUGCAAGAAAUGAAAGAUAUAUGGUUAGAGUUGAGCUAGAUUAUGAACUAUGGGUAUAUUGGACUCUGGUCUCUGGACUAGACUCUCUGAACUCUAGUCUCAGAAUUUCUGAUUUAGGGACUUUCAGCUCAAUCAAAGGAACAGUCAAGAGAAUAUUUCAAAGUUCUCGAACUGUCCCACACUCCCCAGUGCUUCUCAACAUCAGAAGUACCAGAGGUAUCUGGCUUCCAGUCCUCGUCAAAUGCCUCGAAAACAAAGGUGUUCACACCCCAGGCACGAAUUCCACAGAUAGCUGUCUGCCAGAAGGUCUUUGCGUUGGAUACACCAGGAGAUGA